CUCUUCACGCUCGGUGUGUGCUCGGUGCUCUUCCUCUUCAUCUCGUUCGCGGGUGUCCACAACGUCGGCUGCCAGAUUCCCGGCAACCUCCUCUUUGCCAUCACAGGCACCAAGCUCGGCUUCAGUGCGCCCCGCGGCGGCAUCGUCCUCGCCUUCCUCUUCAUGCAGCUCCACUGCUCGAUCGCGUUUGCCGUCAUUCUCUUCCCGACGUUUUACAUCUUUGAGCGCAUCAUCCUCGGCUUCCACAAGCAGCACUUUACGCUCGAGGCUGAGGCCGCCGAGUACCACGACAUUGAGACGCCGGCCGAGGACAAGGCGGUGGUUGAGAAGGACGCCGAGCCGAUCGAGACGGAGGAAAAGCCGAUUAUUUACGCGACGCGCCGCGACUACCUCAAGGCGUGCAUCAUGCGCUUCUGCCAAGUGUCCAUCUGCACGGUCAUUGCGAUCAUCUGGAAGGACCACUUUAACGACCUGCUCAACUUUGUCGGCGCCUCGUCGACGGCCAUGGGCUGCAUGAUCCUCCCCGUGCUCUUCCACCUCAAGACGUUCAACAAGACGAUGCAUUUGCCCGAGAAGAUUGCCAGCGUCGCGAUCAUCAUUAUCAUCUCGUUCCUUGCCGUCUACGUCUCGAUCCAGACGGGCAAGGCGCUCUUCACGCCGUCGCCGGCCGACCCGACGAUCCUCUUCCCGUACUGCCCGGCCGAGUACCAAAAGAUGGUCUACACCAACACGACGUACUACAGCACCAAGCAGUAGACGCUUCAUGCCGUGUCGUGUUAUAGAGAAGUUGUAGUGUAUUGAAUAGUGUCUAAAACGACCAAUGGAGUCGCUUUUGUUUCUA